UCGAUCUCUUCGUUACUAAAAAGAAAUCGUGUUCAGUUUCAUCUUCAAAUUUCAAUCACCCUCACCCUAAAGCAAGCUACCCUAGUAAAAAAAAAAAAAAAAAAAAAAAACAAUUUCAAUCUCUCUCCGAUUUUCCUUUUUCCCGCAACAAAUUUUCUCGCUAGGGUUUUCCAUCACCGAGGAGAGGAAAGAAAAUCGCAGAAAUGGAUUGGGGAAACGUGACAGCGGAGGAUCUGAUCGACGCACUCCGCGAAGUGGAUUGGUCAUCGCCGCCGCGUCCUCUAUCGGAAUUCUUCUCCAGAUUCACCUUUCCUCGAUCAUCUUCCAAAUGGAAUGGCCGCCUCAAAUGCAACCUCUACUACUAUCGUACCAACUACUUCAUUUUGAUUGUUUCUGUUCUCAUUUUGGGUUUUCUUCGGAGGCCGCUUGCUAUAGUUGCUGCCUUUCUUACUGCGCUUAGCAUCGCUUUUCUAAACGACAGCUUUGCAGGUACGUUUAGUGAAAAGGUGACACGAACAGUUAGGAAAUUCUCACCACAUUUAGCAGCGAAGAUGAGACCUCCUCUUACGCCUGUUAUUCGUGGGCGUCCAUCAGCCAAGAGAGCAAUUUAUAUAUGUGGUCAGCCUCGUUGGGUGUUUGUCUUGAUAUCUUCUUCAGCAUGUUUCUUCCUUUGGUUUGUUUCUGCUGGUCUCCUAACUGUUUUAUGGGCAUUUGCUAUUGGUCUUCUUGCUACCAUCCUGCAUGCGAGCUUUAGAACACCUAACUUGAAAGCACGGCUAAACACAUUCCGUGAAGAAUUUCGUGCAGUGUGGCGCAAUUAUAGUGAGCUGUAGCUUACAGGGAAUUUUCUGGAUGUGUUGCUGCUUUUCAGUCAAAGUAAUUUCCUUUAGCUGGACUGGAACUCGCUACUGAAAGCUGCCAGUGCCAAUCAUCGAAGAUUACCUACCGAUUGUAAAUUGUCAGGAAUCUUUUUUCUUUCUUUUUGUAAAGUAUACUUUGUCAUUAUUGACUAUGUUUAGAAGGAAGCAUUGCAACAUUGAUAAUUGUUGUAAGCUUGAAAUGUCACCAUAGUACCAUCCAUAGUGUCACAAUCCUUAAUUGCCUGGAGAAUUUUGCAACAAAAGAUACCUAUGUUUCUUAUUAGCAGGUGUCAAUUCAUUUAUAUGGUACAAUGUCCACAUAGUA